AUGCUCAGAACUCACUCUUUCCUGAGUACUUGGACCCAGAAAAGAAGCAUGAAGUGGCUUGGGAUCCUUGGGCUGGUGGCACUCUCAGAGUGCCUAGUCAUAAUCCCUCUAACAAAGAUGAAGACCAUGCGAGAAACCCUCAGGGAAAAAAACUUGCUGACAAACUUCCUGUUGAAGAACAAUGGCAACUGGUCCCAGAAUGUUGGCAACAGGUCCCAGAAUGUCGCCUAUUACCCGAAAAUGACUCUUCAUCCCCUGAGGAACUACCUGGAUCUAGCCUAUGUCGGCAACAUCACCAUUGGAACGCCCCCUCAGGAGUUCAGGGUCGUCUUUGACACCGGCUCAGGUGACCUGUGGGUGCCCUCCAUCUACUGCUACAGUCGCCCCUGCCGUACACACAAGCUCUUCAACCCUCACGCGUCCACCACCUUCCGGCUCUGGGGCCGGUCCAUCGACCUCAUCUACGGCUCCGGGAGGACCAUUGGAUUUCUUGGCUACGACACUGUUCGGAUCGGGAAACUUAUUGACAUGGGCCAGCCAUUUGGCCUGAGCAAGUUACAGUUUGGGAUGGAAGAUGCACCCUUUGAUGGCAUCCUGGGCUUGGGCUACCCCAGCCUCGCCACCCAAGGGACCACCCCCAUCUUCGACACCCUGAGGAAACGAAGCCUCAUUCCUCAGUCUGUCUUUGCCUUCUACUUGAGCAGCCGAAAGGAGAAUGGCAGCAUGUUGAUGUUAGGCGGGGUGGACCACAGAUACCAUAAAGGAAAGCUCCAGUGGAUACCAGUGUCCCGACCCCACUACUGGCAGAUAACCAUGAACCGCAUCACCAUAAACGGUGUGGCUUUUGGUUGUUGCCGCGGCUGCCAGGCCAUUGUGGAUACCGGGACGUCGUUCCUAGUUGGCCCAACUAGAGUGAUCACCGCCAUCCGAAGGCUCAUCGGCGCCCGCCUUGUCAAUAACGAGUAUGCGGUUUCAUGUAGCUAUGUGGCUCGCCUGCCUACAAUCAUCUUCAGAAUCAACGGCAACGACUACCCAGUGCCCCCUCAAGCCUACAUCAGAAAGAGCCUUCGGGGCCAAUGCCUCAGCACCUUGGCAGCGGGCACAGAGAGCAUGAGCCGCUCGGAGACCUGGAUCCUGGGCGACGUCUUCCUGAGGCUGUAUUUCUCGGUUUACGAUCGGGGAAACAACAGGGUUGGCCUGGCUCCCGCAGUGUAA